AUGUUCGCGUCUAAAGACAACCGCCUUGUCUACACAUACGAUGCCGAGCAACUAUGGAUCGAGCCUUGGGGUCAAAACGCAGUUCGCGUUCGCGCCACCAAGAUGCAUACCAUGCCGCAGGAAGACUGGGCACUCCUACAACAGCCCAACAUCACUGCCAAAAUUGACAUUGCCAGCAACGACGAGUCAGCUACCUUGACGAACGGCCUUGUCAAAGCAACCAUUACCAAGCGAGGCAAGAUCACAAUAUCAAACACCAGCGGCAAAGCCCUCUUGGAAGAAUAUGCCCGUCACCGCCGCGACAUCAUCGAUCCCAAAUGCAGCGCUCUAGAAGUCGAGGCCCGGGAGUUCAAACCUAUCCUGGGUGGCGACUAUCACCUCACUGCUCGGUUCGAGAGCCUUGAUCCCAAGGAGAAAAUAUACGGCAUGGGUCAAUACCAGCAACCUUAUCUUGAUAUCAAGGGCACCCAACUGGAGCUGGCGCACCGAAACUCCCAGGCUAGCGUACCUUUUGCUGUUUCUUCGCUCGGAUACGGCCUCUUGUGGAAUAAUCCAUCCAUUGGCAAUGUGGUAUUCGGAAAGAACGUCAUGAGUUUUGAGGCUUCAUCGACCAAGGUCCUGGACUACUGGGUUGUGGCUGGUGAUACACCUGCGCAGAUUGUUGAGUCGUAUGCUGAUGCAACUGGAAAGGUACCCAUGAUGCCAGAAUACGGUCUCGGUUUCUGGCAAUGCAAACUCCGCUACCAAACCCAAGAAGAGCUCCUUCAAGUUGCACGAGAGUACCGGAAACGAAACCUCCCAAUCGACCUUAUUGUGAUAGACUUCUUCCAUUGGCCCAUGCAGGGGGACUGGAAAUUCGACGAAAAGUACUGGCCUGACCCUGAAGCCAUGGUCAAAGAACUGGAGGAACUUAAAAUUGAGCUCAUGGUAUCCAUCUGGCCAACCGUAGACCGACGAUCAGAAAAUCACGAGGAGAUGGUAGAAAAAGGCUUGCUCAUUCGAACUGAACGUGGUGUGCGCACAGCCAUGACUUUCCAGGGUCAAACAAUUCAUUUCGAUCCGACAAACCCUGCGGCACGGGACUAUGUGUGGAAAAAAGCGAAGCAGAAUUACUACAAGAAAGGUAUCAAAGUAUUUUGGUUGGACGAGGCAGAGCCAGAAUAUCGACAUUAUGACUUCGAUCUCUACCGCUACCAUCUGGGUCCAAAUGUAGCGAUUGGUAAUAUCUACCCCCGAGAAUACUCCCGCGCAUUCUAUGAGGGUAUGGAGAAGGAAGGCCAAAAGAACAUUGUCAACUUGGUUCGAUGUGCAUGGGCUGGUAGCCAGCGGUACGGUGCCCUCGUUUGGAGUGGCGACAUCUCAUCAUCAUGGUCGAGCUUCCGUAACCAGCUCGCUGCAGGACUCAAUAUGGGUCUGUCUGGUGUGCCGUGGUGGACAACGGACAUAGGAGGUUUCCACGGCGGGAAUCCAGAUGACGAAGCGUUUCGCGAGCUUUUUGUCCGGUGGUUCCAAUGGGGUACGUUCUGUCCGGUGAUGCGAUUACAUGGGGAUCGAGAACCACGGCAGCCCAAGACCAAGGAUAGCCCGUCUUGCCGUAGUGGUGCGGACAACGAGGUGUGGUCGUACGGCCCAGCUGUAUACGAGAUCUGCAAGAAGUAUAUGGGUGUUCGCGAAAAUUUACGUGAGUACACACGGAGACUUAUGGAGGAGGCUCAUAAGAAGGGAUCGCCAGUCAUGAGAGCUCUUUUCUACGAGUUUCCAGAAGAUGGCAAGUGUUGGGAGGUCGAGGAACAGUACAUGUAUGGGGAUAAGUAUUUGGUCUGCCCGAUUCUGGCUAAGAGUCAGGUCAAGACAAAGGUUUAUCUGCCAUCUCUGCCUAGUGGACAGAAGUGGAAGGACUUUUGGGGUGAGCAAACUUGGAAUGGUGGAAAGGAUAUUGAGGUGGACAGUCCGUUAGAGGUCAUGCCAGUGUUCCAGCGGUACCCGCCACUCCGCGCCGCACGAAAUAGGACGGUUGCUCCUGGCACAAAUGAUUCAAUAAACACCUUCAAUAGUAGCAGUCUAGAACCCGAUGAUACCAAUCGCGCAAGCAACGGCGAGCUCAUGAUAACCAACUUCAAUGAUGCAAUACCAGAGUCCUCUUUGAGCGCGUGGACGUGGAGCACUAGCGUCAAUACCAUGGUCAGCCCUGACGCAUUUGGCCUGCCUGGCUUGAGUCUGUCAGACACCAAUUGGCUUUCGCCUGGCCCGAUCGACUUAGAUGCGCUGCUUGCAAACAUUGGAGAAAAUGCUCAUGGUAAUGCGGAGCAAUGGUCCUGUUCUAUCGCUACCACAACGCCGUCAGCUCCAGCGAUUCCUACAGUCCAGCCCUCGCCGCAUCUAAACACGACUGACUUCAACACGGAAAAUGCACCAAGAGAAGUCACCUUGGAAAGAUCUGCAUCAAUCUCGGAAAACAGAUAUUACGUUGACGGAACUGGUGCCAGGGCCCCAUUUGGUGGCAAAGGCCAACAUUCAAUCUGCUCAGAGGAAACCAUAGAUUUGGAAGAAGAGGAAGCCAAUGUUGCUAUUACGCCAGUUCAAACCUUGAACAGAUCCUCCCUUUGUCCGUUGGCAGCAUACCAAUCUCUGAUAGAAGGCAUCGCUACUGAAAGUCGCAAGUCCCUCAUCGAAGUAAACCCGUCGAGCUUACCUACGCAUGAACAAGUGGCCGUGUCCGUUCGUCAAUACUUCGAAUGCUUCCAUCCCAUUUUCCCAUUCUUGAGGCGGUCUUCUUUCGCCCUCGAUGCUUCUAAGAGCUGGCUCUUAUUGCUCGCCGUCUCGGUCGUCGGCUCGAGAUACUUGCAGCUAUCACAGCAUGUACGACUGAGUGAACAACUUUUCGACCUACUAGGCGCAAUCCUUACGCGUUGCAAGUAUGGUAUAGAAUUGCAGGUUGCACUAGGUGACAAGGACGUCGAUUACGUACCUAGCUGUCCAGCUCAGUUUGACAUCAUCCCUAGUAUAUCUGUCCUACAGGCCGGUAUCCUGAACAUCGCUUGCAUGCUUCACUCUGGCAGAAAGGCUCUCAUUGAACGCGCCUUGGUAGAACGACACUAUUUAGUCGAAGCUUGCCACUCACUUCAAUUGCUCGUCCAGUCGAAGAGACCUUACAACUUCAAAACGACAACUAAUUUUGACCACGAUGAUCUUCAUGUUGAAUGGCAGGUGAAAGAGUCGAAAAUCCGCACUGGGAUGAUGAUAUGGACUGUUGAUACUCUGUUCGUUUACGAGUUUCAAGCCAAACCUCUGCUUCGAAUUGAAGACAUCGCUACAGCUCUGCCAUGUCAUGAAGACGUAUGGGAGCAUCCAGCCUUGAUCCAACAAAACCCAAAAAGUAAUCCUGAUAUUACGCUUACAGAGGCCUUGGAGAUGAUGUAUGUUGAGAAGCGGCUACCAACUGGCCUCGGAGAGUUUAGCAUGGGAUUGCUUGUCACUACCAUCUACCGACACACUGUCGAUAUUUUGGCUAGGGAUAGAAUCCAACUCAACUCGUGGACACCAACAUCCAUACCACAACGACGUAACGUCAUGUCACCCGUACAGCAAGAUUGGUUACCGACAACGCGGUUGGCAACUAAGUGGCGCAACAGCGCUUGCGAUUGCUUAGAUGUUCUACACUGGCCUGCGAAUAGCAAGGUCGCUCGCCACUCGGGUUUCGAGCACCACACUAUUCUCCAGCUGCAUCUAGCUCGUCUAAUCAUUCUGGCUCCGACUAGCGCUAUACAAAAGUUUGCUUCGGGCUCUGCGUCAAUAGCAAACAUCCAGAGCGAUAGGGAGAGCCAGUCAUCUGCUACAGCUCGUAUUCAAGUUCUACAGUGGGUCAUUCGAGAUCACUGCAAAGCCAGACUUUGCUUGGUACACUGUGGAGCUCUGUUCUGGCACAUCCGCAGGUACAGCUGUAGCAGUCUCCUCGAGCCAUAUGCAGUCUAUAUUGCGACUCUCGUACUCUGGGCCUUUUGUAUCUGCAUGCAACUUCCUGAAGCCGUCGAAGCUAUCGCCUCCGAAUCUGACGAAGAGCCAGAGCCAUCAUUCCUCCACCUUGAUCGGCCAUUAGACGAUGAGCUAGUCCAAACAUAUGUGCGGAUGGGGCAUAAGAUGUCGGCUUACAUCGCCAAUGUCGGCAGCCUUGAACAUGAAGCAGCCCCGAUGCGUAUUGCAAGAGAAGGAAUAUCUUUGUUAGCCAAAGACACUGAGCAUGCGUCAGGUUCCGACUACAGUUCUCCAUCAGUUGCCAAAGAUGUAUGUUAUACGUGGGGCAUCGAAAGGUCUUAUAUAAGCCUACUGCAUCUUCUCGCAAAGGCGCAAUGA